AUGAAAAGUUUUAAUAGGCAGCCUUCUAUAGAAGUUGUGAAGCUGGAUUUGUCAGCUGAGACCAUAAGAACAACUGACGAGUUUUCAAUGCAAAUUGAAAAAAUUGACACUAAAACGACGAUGCACGAAGAUUUUGAUAUAAAUUUGGAGAUUACUUAUAAGUACAGUUAUGCUGUUAUAGCUACUCUAAUUCAUUUUAUUCAUUUAGUAUUCGGGCCUAUUUCUUUACCGAUUUUAUGGAUGAUUUUUGGGAGGAAUUUAAGCAGGAAUAUGGGGUUUUAUUGGCAUAGAUUUUACUAUAUGGAAUUUUAUCCAUGAUCUUGGACUUUAUUUACAUUGAUAUUUUAUAUAUAUUACAAAGAUGAAUUUCAAAACUUUUUAAGUUUGACCUUUGCAACAGUUACCAUCAUGUGUGUGAAAACAUUUAUGGUUUCAGUAAAAUAUGGAUUUUAUACUGAAGAACUGUGAAAUCGUAUGAAUACUGAAAUAGUUGAUACACAGAUACUGAAAAUCCAAUUAAUUCUUAAUGCGUGACUCAAAAUCCCCAAUGACGUGAUUUGGGAGGAAUUAGCAGCAAGUAUUGCCCGGCAAAAUAGGUUAAUUGAUAAAUUAUGCUUGAUUUUUGAAAAUGAGAUUCAUGAGGAGUUAAAAAAUAAAUUUACAAAUAAUAGAAAAAAUUCACAAAAAGAGCAUGAAAGCGUUCCACACUAUUGUAGAAAUAAAAUCUGUAUACCAACAAUAGAGCUUGCUAAAUUUAUCAUACAAGAUGUAGCAGAAAAUAUAAAACCUAAAAUAUUAAUUGUGACAUUAAUUUCAAUACAAUUUUCCUUAUCUCCAUUGAUUUCGAUUUUAUAUCAAAAUAGACAUAUAAAUUUUGGACCAAUCCAAAUUUUUUAUUCAGCAUACUCAAUCAUAGCUUGUUUUAUACUGUCUCAUCUUUUUCUGCUAUAUGUCUAUAUUGGAAUAAUUGACCUGCAGAGAAAAAAAUCAUUAAUGAAUCAAUGCAGUGCUUUAAUUUCUACUAAAAACUACCAAAAUUCCCUUCUCCAAAAAUAUCAUAUACCUAAGCUUGACUUUCUAGACAAGAGAACUGUAGAUUCAUGGUACAUUAUGAGGUCUUCAUUUUUAGACUUCGGUCGAAAAUUUACUUAUAGAAUCCUUGUUUAUGCUUCUUUAGCAAUUCCUCUCUGCUUUUUUAUGCUUGCAAUCUUAAUUCUCCAAGCAUUUUUAAGUUUUCAUAUUAUAAGCAUAUCAAUUAUGAUUGGUGCUAAGGAUCCCCCCCUCAUUUGUCCAAUUUUCUAGUCUUUUAUCAUUUGCCCAUUUUUCUAGUUUUUUAAUAGGAAAAAAAAAUUUUUUUAGGACCUCAUUUGUCCAAUUUUCUAGUCAAAAUUUUGAUAGAAAAAAAAAAAAAUUUCGGUACCUCAAUCAUUUUCUAGUUUUUUUAAAGUAAAAUCUAAAAUUUAGGAUAUUCGAAAAAAUCCAAAAAAGACUAGAAAAUGGGACAAAUCAUUUUUGACUAGAUUUUGGACAAAUGAGGUUGUUUUUCUUAGAAAAUUGGACGAAUGAGGGGGAUCCUUAUAUAUCUUGCAUUUGCAUCUCUUUUUAUGAUUCUUUAUAUAAUUUUUAUUGGAGCUCAAAUAAAUCGAUCAUUUUCUAUACAUGAAGACAGCAUUCUGACAAUCAUUAAUGAUAAUUUCCAUUUAAAGAAUUGUGAUAAAAUAUACGAAAAAUCAGCUUUUAAAGCUCUUAAAUUGGUUAAAGAAAAAGUGAGGCAAGACUAA